ACUCCCGGCCGCACCGCCGCGGCGAACGGGAUCCGGUCCCGGGAGGCGGCGCUCUCCGGGGGUCGGGGACCGGGCCUGGGCCCGCGCGGGGACCACGGUCACGGUCACCCCGGACAGGCCCAGCUCAAGCCGCGACCCGCCGGCCCGCCCCGGUUCUGCCCGGCGUAUCCCUACCUCGGCAGAGCCUCGCGCAGGCCACUGAGCUCAUUUUUGGGGCCUGGGUGGGGGAGGAGGAAGCCGAGGAGGAGGAGGGCUGAGGAGAGGGAGGGCAGGGCGGGGAGCCGCCGCCUUGCUCAUAAACAGGCGGGCGUGGGUGCGGAUGGGGCCGGCGGGGAGCGCUGGCUGCGGACAGUGAGCUGUGCUCGUCCCCGCGAGCCCCGGCGGCGCCCCUGCCCCUUCCCGGCGCAGCCGGCCUUCGUGAGGGAGGGACGGUCGCUUUGGAGCAGAGUCCAUCAUGGCCAGUGGCAGCUGUCAGGGGUGCGAGGAGGAGGACGAGGAAACUCUGAAGAAGUUGAUAGUCAGACUGAACAAUGUCCAGGAAGGAAAACAGAUAGAGACCCUGGUCCAAAUUCUGGAGGAUAUGCUGGUGUUCACGUACGCCGACCACGCCUCCAAGUUAUUUCAAGGCAAAAAAGUCCACGUGCCUGUGUUGAUCGUCUUGGACUUGUAUAUGAGAGUCGCUAGUGUGCAGCAGGUGGGUUGGUCCCUUCUUUGCAAAUUGAUAGAAAUCUGUCCAAAUACAAUGCAAAGCUUAAUGGGACCUCAGGAUAUUGGACAUGAUUGGGAAGUACUUGGGGUUCACCAACUGAUUCUUAAAAUGCUAACAGUUCAUAAUGCCAGUGUAAACCUGUUAACAGUUGGACUGAAGACCUUAGAUCUCCUUCUAACUUCAGGCAAAAUCACUUUGCUGAUAUUGGAUGAAGAAAGUGAUAUUUUCUUGUUAAUUUUUGAUGCCAUGCGCACAUUUUCAGCCAAUGACGAAGUCCAGAAACUUGGAUGCAAAGCUUUACGUGUGCUGUUUGAAAGAGUUUCAGAGGAGCAGCUGACUGAAUUUGUUGAGAAUAAAGAUUAUAUGAUCUUGCUUAAUGCAUUAAAAAAUUUUAAAGAUGAAGAGGAAAUUGUGCUUCAUGUGCUGCACUGUUUACAUUCCCUAGCAAUUCCUUGCAAUAAUGUUGAAGUCCUCAUGAGUGGCAAUGUCAGGUGUUAUAACAUUGUGGUAGAAGCCAUGAAAGCUUUCCCUGUCAAUGAAAAGAUUCAAGAAGUGAGUUGUUGCUUGCUCCAUAGGCUUACAUUAGGUAAUUUUUUUAAUAUUCUGGUAUUAAAUGAGGUACAUGAGUUUGUGGUGAAAGCUGUGCGGCGAUAUUCAAAGAACGCCACGUUACAGAUUGCAGCACUCAGCUGUUUAGCACUCCUCACUGAGACCAUUUUCUUAAAUCAAGAUUUAGAGGAAAAGAAUGAGAAUUCAGAGACUGAUGAUGAGGAAGAAGAUAAAUUAUUCUGGUUGGAAGCCUGUUACAAAGCGUUAACUUGGCAUAGAAAGAAUAAGCACGUGCAGGAAGCUGCAUGCUGGGCCCUUAACAAUCUCCUUAUGUACCAAAACAGUUUACAUGAGAAGAUUGGAGAUGAAGAUGGCCAGUUCCCAGCUCAUAGGGAAGUGAUGCUCUCCAUGCUGAUGCAUUCUUCAUCAAGAGAAGUCUUCCAGGCAUCUGCAAAUGCAUUGUCGACUCUGUUAGAACAAAAUGUUAAUUUCAGAAAAAUCCUGUUGUCAAAAGGAAUAUACCUGAAUGUAUUGGAGUUAAUGCAGAGGCAUAUACAUUCUCCUGAAGUUGCUGAAAGUGGCUGUAAAAUGCUAAAUCAUCUCUUUGAAGGAAGCAACACGACCCUGGAUACGAUGGCAGCAGUGGCCCCCAAAAUAAUAACAGUUAUGAAAAGUCACGAGGCAUCCUUAUCAGUGCAGCUAGAGGCACUAAGAGCUGUUUUACAUUUUAUGGUUCCAGGCAUGCCAGAAGAAUCCAGGGAAGAUACUGAAUAUCAACAUAAGCUAAAUAUGGUUAAAAAACAGUGUUUCAAGAAUGAUAUUCAUAAACUGGUCCUAGCAGCUUUGAACAGGUUCAUUGGAAAUCCUGGGAUUCAGAAAUGUGGGUUGAAAGUAAUUUCUUCUAUAGCACAUUCUCCUGAUGCGUUAGAAGUAUUAUCCUUGGAAGGUGCUAUUGAUUCAGUGCUUCACACACUGCAGAUGUAUCCGGAUGACCAAGAAAUUCAAUGUCUGGGGUUAAGUCUUAUAGGAUGCUUGAUUACAAAGAAGAAUUUAUGCAUAAGAACUGGGCAUCUGCUGGCAAAAAUUCUGGUUUCCAGUUUACAACGAUUUAAGGAUAUGGCCGAAGUACAGAUUAACGGAUUUCAGACAAUCUUGACAAUACUGGAAUUGUCAGUGUCUUUUUCCAAGUUGCUGGUGCAUCAUUCCUUUGACUCUGUGAUAUUCCAUCAGAUGUCUUCUAGUAUCAUGGAACAAAAGGAUCAACAGUUUCUAAACCUUUGUUGCAAGUGCUUUGCAAAAUUAGCUAUGGAUGAUGAGUUAAAAAGUGUGCUGCUAGAGAGAGCAUGCGAUCAGAAUAACAGUAUCAUGGUUGAAUGCUUGCUUCUGUUGGGAGCGGAUGCCAAUGGAACAAAGGAGGCAACGUCUUUAAUUUGUCAGGUAUGUGAGAAAGCCAGUAGUCCCAAAUUGGUGGAACUGUUACUGAAUGGUGGUUCCCGUGAACAAGAUGUCCGGAAAGCAUUGACGAUAAGCAUUGGAAAAGGUGACAGCCAGAUCAUCAGCUUACUCUUAAGGAGGCUUGCCCUGGAUGUGGCCAAUAAUAGCAUUUGCCUUGGAGGAUUCUGUAUAGGAAAAAUUGAACCUUCAUGGCUUGGUCCUUUAUUUCCGGAUAAGACAUCUAAUUUAAGAAAAGAAACAAAUAUAGGAUCCACCCUAGCAAGAACAGUGCUCAGAUAUCAGAUGAAAAGUACUGUGGAAGAAGGGGCAGCCUCAGGCAGCAAUGGGAAUUUUCCUGAAGGAAUACUUGAUAAAUUUGAUGAAUGGACCUUCAUUCCAGACUCCUAUGUGGACAGUGUGUUUGGUCAAAGUGAUGACCUGGAUAGUGAAGGAAGUGAAGGCUCAUUUCUCGUGAAAAGAAAAUCCAAUUCAAUUAGCGUAGGAGAAUUUUACCGAGAUCGUGCCUUGCAGCGUUGCUCACCAAAUUUGCAAAGGCAUUCCAACUCAUUGGAACCCAUUUUCGAUCAUGAAGAUUUACUGAGGCGAAAAAGAAAAAUACUGUCUUCAGAUGACUCACUCAGGUCAUCAAAACUUCAAUCCCAUAUGAGGCAUUCAGACAGCAUUUCUUCCCUGGCUUCUGAGAGAGAAUAUAUUACAUCGUUAGACCUUUCAGCAAAUGAACUAAGAGAUAUUGAUGCCCUAAGCCAGAGGUGCUGUAUCAGUGGUCAUUUGGAGCAUCUUGAAAAGCUGGAGCUUCACCAGAAUGCACUCACGACCUUUCCACAACAACUGUGUGAAACCCUGAAGUGUUUGACACAUUUGGAUUUGCACAGUAAUAAAUUUACAUCAUUUCCCUCUUACUUGUUGAAAAUGAAUUGUAUUGCCAACCUCGAUGUCUCUCGAAACGACAUCAGCCCUUCAGUAGUUUUGGAUCCUGCAGUGAAGUGCCCAACCUUGAAACAGUUUAACUUGUCAUAUAAUCAGCUGUCUUCUUUUCCUGAGAACCUUGGCGAUGUGGUAGAGAAAUUGGAACAGCUCAUUUUAGAAGGAAAUAAAAUACCAGAAAUAUGUUCCCCCUUAAGCCUGAAGGAACUGAAGAUUUUAAACCUUAGUAAAAACCACAUUACAUCCCUAUCAGAAGACUUCCUUGAGGCAUGUCCUAAAGUGGAGAGUUUCAGUGCCAGAAUGAAUUAUCUUGCUGCUAUGCCUUUUUUGCCUUCUUCCCUGACAAGCCUAAAAUUAUCUCAAAACAGCUUUACAUGUGUUCCAGAAGCAAUUUUAAAUCUUCCACACUUGCGAUCCUUAGAUAUGAGCAGCAAUGAAAUUGAGUAUCUGCCGAGUCCUGCACACUGGAAAUCUUUGAACUUAAGGGAACUCUUGUUCAGUUUUAAUCAGAUCAGCAUCUUGGACUUGAGUGAAAAAGCAUAUGUGUGGUCAAGAGUAGAGAAACUACAUCUUUCUCAUAAUAAACUGAAAGAGAUUCCUCCUGAGAUUGGCUGUCUUGAAAACCUGACCUCCCUUGAUGUCAGUUACAAUUUGGAGCUGAGAUCCUUUCCCAAUGAAAUGGGGAAGUUAAGCAAAAUAUGGGAUCUUCCUUUGGAUGAACUACAGCUUAAUUUUGAUUUUAAACAUAUAGGAUGUAAAGCAAAAGACAUCAUAAGGUUUCUUCAACAGCGGUUAAAAAAGGCCGUGCCUUAUAACCGAAUGAAGCUAAUGAUUGUGGGAAAUACUGGGAGUGGUAAAACCACCUUACUGCAGCAAUUAACGAAAACCAAGAAAUCGGAUCUUGGGGUGCAAAGCUCCACAGUUGGUAUAGAUGUGAAAGACUGGCCUAUCCAAAUAAGAGGCAAAGGGAAGAAAGACCUCAUUCUAAAUGUGUGGGAUUUUGCAGGUCGUGAGGAAUUCUACAGCACUCAUCCCCACUUCAUGACCCAAAGAGCUCUCUACCUUGCCGUCUAUGACCUCAGCAAAGGGCAGGCUGAAGUGGACGCCAUGAAGCCUUGGCUCUUCAAUAUAAAGGCUCGUGCUUCUUCUUCCCCUGUGAUUCUCGUUGGCACACAUUUAGAUGUUUCUGAUGAGAAGCAGCGCAAAGCCUGCAUAAGUAAAAUCACCAAGGAACUCUUGAACAAGCGAGGGUUUCCUGCAAUAAGGGAUUACCACUUUGUGAAUGCCACUGAGGAAUCUGAUGCUUUGGCAAAGCUUCGGAAAACCAUCAUAAAUGAGAGUCUUAAUUUCAAGAUUCGAGAUCAGCCUGUUGUUGGGCAGCUGAUUCCAGACUGCUAUGUAGAACUUGAGAAAAUCAUUUUAUCGGAGCGUAAAAAUGUGCCAAUUGAAUUUCCUGUAAUCGACCGGAAACGAUUAUUACAACUCGUAAAAGAAAAUCAGCUGCAGUUGGAUGAAAAUGAGCUUCCUCAUGCAGUUCACUUCCUAAAUGAAUCAGGGGUCCUUCUUCAUUUUCAAGACCCAGCACUGCAGUUAAGUGACUUAUAUUUUGUGGAACCCAAGUGGCUUUGUAAAGUCAUGGCACAGAUUUUGACAGUGAAAGUAGAAGGCUAUCCAAAACAUCCUAAAGGAAUCAUUUCACGUAGAGAUGUGGAAAAAUUUCUUUCAAAGAAAAAGAGAUUUCCGAAGAACUACAUGUCACAGUACUUUAAACUCCUAGAAAAAUUCCAGAUUGCCUUGCCAAUAGGAGAAGAAUAUUUGCUGGUUCCAAGCAGUUUGUCUGACCACAGGCCUGUGAUAGAGCUUCCGCAUUGUGAGAACUCUGAAAUUAUCAUUCGACUAUACGAAAUGCCUUACUUUCCAAUGGGAUUUUGGUCCAGGUUAAUCAAUCGAUUACUUGAAAUUUCACCUUACAUGCUUUCAGGAAGAGAACGAGCACUUCGCCCAAACAGAAUGUAUUGGCGACAAGGCAUCUACUUGAAUUGGUCUCCUGAGGCUUAUUGUCUGGUAGGAUCUGAAGUCUUAGACAGUCACCCAGAGAGUUUCUUAAAAAUUACAGUUCCUUCCUGUAGAAAAGGCUGUAUUCUUCUGGGCCAAGUUGUGGACCACAUUGAUUCUCUUAUGGAAGAAUGGUUUCCUGGAUUACUGGAGAUUGAUAUCUGUGGUGAAGGAGAAACUCUGUUGAAGAAGUGGGCAUUAUAUAGUUUUAAUGAUGGUGAAGAGCAUCAAAAAAUCUUACUUGAUGACUUGACAAAGAAAGCAGAAGAAGGAGACCUUCUAAUAAAUCCAGAUCAACCAAGGCUCACCAUUCCAAUAUCUCAAAUUGCUCCUGACUUAAUUUUGGCUGACCUGCCUAGAAAUAUUAUGUUGAAUAAUGAUGAAUUGGAAUUUGAACAAGCUCCAGAGUUUCUCUUAGGUGAUGGCAGUUUUGGAUCUGUUUAUCGAGCAGCCUAUGAAGGAGAAGAAGUGGCUGUGAAGAUUUUCAAUAAACAUACAUCACUUAGACUGUUAAGACAAGAGCUGGUGGUCCUUUGCCACCUCCAUCACCCCAGCUUAAUAUCUUUGCUGGCGGCUGGGAUUCGUCCUCGCAUGUUGGUGAUGGAGUUGGCCUCCAAGGGUUCGCUGGACCGCUUGCUUCAGCAGGACAAAGGAAGUCUCACCAGAACCCUGCAGCACAGGAUUGCACUGCAUGUGGCUGAUGGCUUGAGAUACCUCCACUCGGCCAUGAUUAUAUACCGUGACUUGAAGCCCCACAAUGUGCUGCUCUUCACCCUGUAUCCCAAUGCUGGCAUCAUUGCAAAGAUUGCGGACUAUGGGAUUGCUCAGUACUGCUGUAGAAUGGGGAUAAAGACGUCAGAGGGCACACCAGGGUUUCGUGCACCUGAAGUUGCUAAAGGAAAUGUUAUUUAUAACCAGCAGGCUGAUGUUUAUUCAUUUGGUUUACUACUCUAUGACAUUUUGACAACUGGAGGUAGAAUAGCAGAGGGUUUGAAGUUUCCAAAUGAGUUUGAUGAACUGGCAAUACAGGGAAAAUUACCUGAUCCAGUUAAAGAAUAUGGCUGUGCCCCAUGGCCCAUGGUUGAGAAGUUAAUUAAAAAGUGUUUGAAAGAAAAUCCUCAAGAAAGGCCUACUUCUGCCCAGGUCUUUGACACUUUGAAUUCAGCUGAGUUAAUCUGUCUGAUGAGACGUAUAUCAAUACCUAAAAACUUCAGUGUUGAAUGCAUGGUCGCUACAAAUCAUAGCAGCAAGAAUGCAAGCAUCUGGCUGGGCUGUGGGCACCGUGAUAAAGGGCAGCUUUUAUUUCUCGACUUAAAUACAGAAAAACACACUCCUGAGGAAGUUAUUGAUAGUAGAAUACUGUGCCUGGCCUUGGUACCUCUUCCUGUGGAAAAGGAAAGCUGGAUUGUGUGUGGGACACAGUCUGGCAUGCUCCUGGUUAUCAAUACCGAAGAUGGGGAAAAGAGACAUACCCUUGAAAAGAUGACUGAUUCCGUGACUUGCUUGUAUUGCAAUACCUUUCCCAAGCAAAGCAAGCAAAAAAAUUUUCUUCUGGUGGGAACUGCUGAUGGCAAUUUAGCAAUUUUUGAAGAUAAAACUGUUAAGUGUAAAGGAGCCGCUCCUUUGAAGAUACUAAAUAUAGGAAAUGUCAGUACUCCACUGAUGUGUUUGAGUGAAUCCAUGAAUUCAACUGAAAAAAACAUUAUGUGGGGAGGAUGUGGUACAAAACUUUUCUCAUUUUCUGAUGAUUUCACCAUUCAGAAGCUCAUUGAGACAAAGACAAAUCAGCUGUUUUCUUAUGCAGCUUUCAGUGAUUCCAACAUCAUAGCGGUGGUGGUAGACACGGCUCUCUACGUUGCUAAGAAAAAUAGCCCAUUUGUGGAAGUACGGGAUAAGAAAACUGAAAAACUCUGUGAACUAAUAGACUGUGUGCACUUUUUAAAGGAGGAAAUGGUCAAAGUAAAUGCAGAAUCAAAACACAAACUGUCUUAUUCUGGGAGAGUGAAAACCCUCUGCCUCCAGAAGAACACUGCUCUCUGGAUAGGAACUGGAGGAGGCCAUAUUUUACUCCUUGAUCUUUCAACUCGUCGAAUUAUACGUAUAAUUCACAAUUUUUGUGACUCUGUCAGAGUCAUGAUGACAGCACAGUUAGUUUUUAUGAAUGGAUGUUGGAGUUGCACAGAAGGAGUUCGAUUAGAUGCUGUGAGUGCUUGGUUAGCUAUCAGGAUACAUGUCCACGCAAGCAGAGCAGAAGCCUUAAAAAUGUCAUGCUGGUUUUGGGGUAUAUCCGGAAAAGUACCGAAAGUACACAAUACCAAAAAGAGAUACAAUCUUGUUUGUCUGUUUGGGACAUCAAUCUUCCACAUGAAGUGCAAAAUUUAGAAAAACAUAUUGAAGUGAGAAAAGAAUUAGCUGAGAAAAUGAGAAGAAUAUCUGUUGAAUAAGAGAUAUUGGAGAUAUUUGUCUUUGGAUGGGAAGAUUAUUCUCUUGUAAAUAUUUCUUUAAAAAUGUUUACAUAUGAAAAGGGUUCUUCCACUUUUUGAAAUAGCUCAUGUGCAUAUGAGGGAACUUUUAUAUAUCUUAUUUUAAAUAUAAAUAUGUGUAAAAAUAAUUAUCAGUGAAAAUAUGUUUUGAAGAACUAUUGAAAAUAUAACAUAUUUCCUACACAUCCUAAUUAAUUUUGUGGAUUAAGUAAUGAAAGGAAAUCUAAAAAGUACAUAAUUGCAGGAGUCAUACUAAAAUUUACAAAGUGACUAAUUUUGUUGCUGUUAUCUGUAAGGAAAGUAAACAUUAUUUAAAAUUCUGCACUUAAACAAGACUGUUGUUUUCUUACUUUCUAGGUAUUCUGCAAAGUAGAAUCAAACUAUUAGACCCAUUUCACAUGUAAUACAUUUCUUCUUAGAUUGCUUUUAAAUGCAGCUAUCACAUAGGCUUGUAAACCGUCAAUGAAUUUUCACUAAUAAAGCCCUUCAUUGGGAUGUGCGUUCUCUUCGUUGCUGAUUCAAACAAUGCAUUUCAUGCAACUUCCUUCCAUCUGGAAGAAAAUGUCAUGAAAAGUGCUGAUGAGAAAAUGUAACAUGUUGUCAUAGCCAGGAAAGACACAGUCACUUUCUCUUUUACUGUUUUGCAAGAUUCUGUCUUUGAAUGUGGAUACCCUGAAAUUUGUAUAAUUGGUGUAAAUACAAUGUUCAGUCUUCAAGUGAUUUUUUUUAUGUUUUAAUUUGGAUUCUCAGUGGUAAGCCAGACCUCUGGUUACUCAUUCCUAACCUCUGCUCUAACACUUCUACCCACCUUCUUCCUAAAUUUGUGACUCUGCAAAUCCUGCAUCACUCGGGAAAAAAAGCACAUUUCCAGAAUUACAGGAUUCCACAACUCCCAUUAGGACCAUGGGCGCAAGUAUGUUAACACUUUAGUUUGCUGAAGAAGGAAGGAGCUUCAGGCUAUGAUGGGUAAAAAUACUUCCUAACCUAGUCUCCUAAAUUAUACCUAAAUUGUUUAAAUAUCUUCCCACAGUAAGAAUAUCAGGGCCAAGUAUCUAGGAAACAAUUUGAGUGCUGUUCUGUUUUAAGGAAGAACAUUUCUGGUAAAUUCAUUGGCCCUGGCCAAUAUUCAUAAUUUCAAACAAUUCCCUGUGAUAGGAUAACCAGUCCAUUUAAUUCUCAGAACUGACUGAUGUUGUUUUAUAGGAUGAUUUUAAAAAUAAUGGAGGAGUUUGUUUCUGUGAUAUUUCUCAUUGUUCCUUUGUAUUUAUUGCAAUUUUUUACAAAGAUAAUUAUGAAGAAAUAUAUAAAAUGAACAUUGUAUUUGAAUGGAAUAAUAAACAUUUUUAAAGCAUGUUUAAGAAUUUUAAAA